ACCAUUGAACAUCAAUUGGCGAUGUGUUACUUUUUGCCACUCUCUUAAAAUAUAUAGCAAAUAGUUUAAUAUAUGCAUAAGUAAACAAUAACAAGUCGUUAACACGUGUGCUCUUAGAUAACAGGAAGGUUGGGUAAUUAACCGAUAUGUGGAACGUAGUUUAGCCGAUUAUUAUCGAUUAUUUUAUUUCUUCCAUAUCUAUAAAUAUUUGCGAAUUAGAGUUCUUCAAAAUGGUUGAUACAGUUCAUAAAGAAUUUGUACAGGCGUUUAUUAAUUUUUUGAAACAUCCGAACACUUCUCAAAAUUUGUCUUCAGAUUGUAGAGAGAGUGUUGAUGUCGCAAUUCAAUGUCUUCAAACUGCCUUUGAUAUAUCCGAUGACUUAGGGUUGCAAUCCUCUCUAGCUUCGGAAAACCACAGUGAGCAUGAACAAAAAGGUGGUGUGGAUAUUUUUGAGAUAUUUCAAACUUUGUUUAUUGAACGUAAUCCAAAAGCAACACAAAUGGCUGAGUCAUUUAAAAAUGAAGGUAAUCGGCUUAUGAAAGAAGGAAAGUAUAAUGAAGCUCUGUUGAAGUAUAAUCGUGCAAUAUGCUUUGAUUCAAGGAAUGCAAUUUAUUACUAUUGUAAGACAGCAUUAUUGUAUAAACCUACAUAUGGCAAAGCUUACGGAAGGCUUGGUAUAGCAUACUCUAAUUUGAAAAAAUACUCUGAAUCACAACAAGCUUAUGAAAAGGCAAUUGAACUGGAACCAGAAAAUCAUGACUAUCGUAACAAUUUGGAAGUAGCUCGGGACGCCGCUCAAUUACGCGAUUCCAUUCCUCAGAUAUCAGAUAGUAUUAAUUCUAUGCUAUCAUCGCAAGCAAUUCGUAAUUUAGUUAACGAUGCUGACAUAGAUUUGGGACAAUUGCAGGCUUUGAGCCAAGAUCCGAUUGUAAGAAAUGCAGUUCAACAACUAUGUUCAGGGAUACCAGCAAAUAGUAAUGAUCCGAUGGUUUCCACUUUACUUCCCAACAGUAUGUUACAACUUUUUCAAUCAAUCGCGAGCCAAAUGUCGUCAACUCAAGGAGAAGGUAGUUCGAAUGACAGACCAAGUUCAAACACGGAUUCUCAUCCACCUGCUAUAUAAAAGUCGACUGAAGAUAGAAUACCGUGGCUCUCGUGCUCGAAUACGGAUAGCCCGAGGUUAUAUUAUAUAUUGAUAAGGUUGAAUAUAAUAUGAUGUAUUAAUUCAGUUGUAUUAAAAACUUAAAAUUUUA